AUGACAGCAUCAUUAUCAUCAAUACCUUUUAUGAGAAGACCUAAUAAAUUCAAUACAGAUGCCAUUCUUAAAAACUUAUCGGACCAUCCAGGUCAUUUUGUCAUUGGUGUUAUAGGAAAACAAGGUGUUGAUAGUAAUUAUUUUCUUUAUGAGGGACACAAAACAGAUGGAAUUGAUAUGUAUAUAACAUCUGAAAGGGCUAUUUUAUUAGAUACUGAGCCCAUACUAAGUUGGACAGUAUUGGAUAAUGUCUUAAGAAAUGGAUCCUUAGGAGGUUUACAUCCAGAUUUAUGGUUAGAAAUGGAAACAAUUUAUAAUAUUAUCUUUUUAAUGUCUGUAUGCAAUACUAUCCUUGUCAUCACAGAAGGCACUGAAAUUGAUAUGGAUUUACUACGCUUUAUUCAAAGAGCUGAGGCACUCAAAUUCAAUAUACCCGAUUUCCCUCUCCUAACACCUAGUCAAUAUGAUAUGAGUUAUUAUCCUGAUAUUGCAAUUGUAUGUAACAAAUGUUUAUCAAGCGAAUUUAAUUGGAAGAAAUAUGUUGACACUCAAACUAUCUUGAAAUCCUUCUUUGAAGAUUCACAGUUAAAGACUCAAGGUCUGUUAAGUUUAGGUAAUGUUUUAGCUUCCUUUAAAUACAGUAGCAAUGAAUCAAAUUUAUUUCUAUUACCUCUAAAAGGAGAUGAGCAAAUUGAAUCCUUUGAUGUACUUGUCGCUGCUUUAAGGGAUCAAAUACUAGCUGGUCCGAGAAGACCUGGUAAAAAGGGUCAAUUAUCUGAAAAGGAAUGGUAUUAUAAUGCUUUAAAGACUUUUGAGUUGAUACGAAAAUCAGAUUAUAUUCAUGAAUAUCUUCAAAUUGUACGCAAAUUAAGAGAUACCUAA